GAACCAAUGUCCACACUAGGACAUACUCCUCACAAUGGUGCCCCCAAAACAGCUGUGGCACGUCCCUUUCCUCCUCCGCUGUCUCCUGCUGUUCCUUUGGCUAUGGGAUAUGAUAAAACUCAUGCGUCCCCUCUCUGACCUCCUUACAGGUUUCUGACAGGUGUGACUACGUCUUCGUCAACGGGAAAGAAAUGAAGGGCAAGGUGAACGUGGUGGUGAACUUCACCUACCAGCACCUGCACAGUCCUCUGGAGAUGACGGUGUGGGUCCCCCGGCUCCCGCUGCAGAUAGAGGUCUCCGACACCGAGCUCAAUCAGAUCAAGGGCUGGAGAGUGCCCAUCGUCUCCAACAAAAGGCCAGCUCGGGACAGCGAGGAAGAGGAUGAAGACGAGAGGAGGGGCCGAGGCUGCACGCUCCAAUACCAGCACGCCAUGGUGCGGGUCUUAACACAGUUUGUGGCCGAGGCAGCUGGCCCUGGGGGGCACCUGGCCCACCUGUUGGGCUCAGACUGGCAGGUGGACAUCACAGAGCUGGUGAAUGACUUCAUGCAGGUGGAGGAGCCCCGGAUCGCCAAGCUGCAAGGGGGACAAGUCCUGAUUGGCCAAGAGCUUGGAAUGACCACCAUUCAGAUCCUGUCGCCUCUGUCGGACGCCAUCUUGGCUGAAAAGACCAUCACCGUGCUAGAUGAGAAGGUAACAAUCACAGACCUCGGGGUCCAGUUGGUGACAGGGCUGUCACUCUCCUUGCAGCUCAGCCCAGGGAGCAACAGAGCCAUCUUCGCCACAGCGGUGGCUCAGGAACUUCUGCAAAGGCCCAAACAGGAAGCGGCCAUCAGUUGCUGGAUCCAGUUCAGUGAUGGCUCCGUCACUCCCUUGGAUAUUUACGAUGGGAAAGACUUCUCCCUGAUGGCCACAUCCCUGGACGAGAAGGUGGUCUCCAUCCACCAUAAUCCCAAAUUCAAGUGGCCUAUAAUCGCUGCUGAAACCGAAGGACAGGGUGCUCUGGUAAGGAUCGAAAUGGUUAUUAGUGAAUCAUGCCAGAAAUCCAAGCGGAAGAGUGUGCUGGCUGUGGGAACAGCCAAUAUCAGAGUCAAAUUUGGUCAAAAUGAUGCUAGCCCCAACACCAGCGACAGCAGACACAUGGGAACAGGAGUUCACCUGGAAAAUAACGUCAGUGACAGAAGACCCAAAAGACCCAUGCGAGAAUGGGGGAGUCAAGAGGGACAGCGCUACGGCAGUUCCUCUGUGGGCCUCACGGAAGGAAGAGGCUCCACCACGGAGAGGUCAACCUUCCAGAAGAACAAAGGCCAGGAAAGCCUUUUAGAUGAUGACAGUGGUUUUCAGACCAUCCCCAUUGACCUCACCAGCUUCCCUGCCCAGGUGGACCUCCCCAGAAGCAAUGGGGACGUGGAUGAGAAUGACCUCACGCAGGCAUCCAAAGGGCUGAGUGACUUGGAAAUUGGGAUGUACGCUCUGUUGGGUGUCUUCUGCCUGGCCAUUUUGGUCUUCCUAAUAAACUGUGUGACCUUUGCAUUGAAGUACAGGCACAAACAGGUUCCCUUUGAAGAGCAGGAAGGGUUGAGUCACUCCCAUGACUGGGUUGGGUUGAGCCACCGGACAGAACUGUUGGAAAAUCACAUUAACUUCGCAUCCUCCCGAGAUGAGCAGAUCACUGCCAUUGACAGGGGCAUGGAUUUCGAAGAGAGUAAGUAUCUCCUCAGCACAAACUCCCAAAAGAGCAUCAAUGGGCCGCUGUUCAAAUCUUCAGGACCCAUAGUCUCUGAUGAGAAUGAUCAGAAAAAUGAGCCCCCAUCGUCCCCCACCUCAAAAAGGAAAAGAGUGAAAUUUACUACCUUUGCCACCAUCUCCACAGAUGAUGAGUGCCCCACCGUGAACUCCACGGGGACAAGUGGGGAGGCUAACAUGAGCUGGGUCUGCCAGGAUCUGGACGCUGGAGAGUGCAAGGAGCUCCAUGACUACAUGGAAAGGUUACACGAAGACGUGUAAGCCGGACACUCGCCAAUAUUGGUCUCACUCACCUUUCAGCCUUUAAUUUGAGGAUGUGUGACAAUGGUGCCCCUGGGGGAGACAUGAAAUGACAGGACAAGAAGAGGGUGACCCUGGCAACAGAGGCCUAGGAAACGAUCCUGGUGCAGCUGAGGAGGCCCCGAGUCAGAAGCAAUGCACACAUUCCAGUGUACAAUGUCCUGGUCCAUAUUAAGAGGUUUAUCAUGCAUAGCAAGAUUUUUAAAACUUGGAAGAAAAAUGAGUUCUGAGUCACUGAGCUUCUGAGAGCUUCCAGGAAAGAAGGAUCGUCAAAGCAAUUUGGAUGUUGUAAAAUCCACGUGGCUCCCAUAGUCAGCAUCACAGAGGACGAAAGGAAGGCGAGACCUGGGGUGAGAGUAAGUGGAUCAAGGAGAGGAAGCGUGUCAUUUGAGUUGGAGCAGUGCAUCUGCCUGUGCGCAGGAUGACAGGCAUGGUCCAGCGCCACAGUCAGCCCCUGGGAGGUGUGACUGAGUCAUUAUUCCCCAAAGACCCAGUGAAAGCAGGCCAGGGUAUUGACAGACUAGGGCCAUUGCUGACAAGGACCGAGAGAGAACAAGUGGGCAAAUAGGCCACCAAUAUCUUUGUAACCAGAUGCCAAGAACAAACAAACAAAUGAAACCCUCUGAACGACUCAGAGCAUUCCUCUGUCUGUAAACUAGGGACACGGGGCGUAGAAUUUGUCAGGUUCAAAGAACCAAGAUUUUCUUUUUUUUUAGCAAGUUCUCCAUGUUCAGAUUUGUAUUUCUCCACUGCAUUGCCAGCUUUCCAAAAGUCGUUGGUCACUUGCAGGCAGCGGGGGGCAGUUUCCAGCAUUCAUUGAGUCUCUUUCUUCCCCCACGGGCUUUGUGUCAGCAACCUGGUGAUGUGCCAUAGAGAAGUCCCCAGUGGGCGGACUGCACAUGCUCUCCUUCCUGGAAGAGGCUGGUCUGUGAGGGUAAGCGGUACCCACAAGGAAUUCAACACUCAGCGAGGCUCCUUUCCUCUCGCUUUGCUAGGAAGCAGAGAGGGAGGUUUUGUGACGGGUCUGUCAACAGUCACGUCGGGUCUCCUGUCCAAGGCUAUUGAGACAAAUGUGGGUGUCCAUGUGGAGUGCACAGGUUGUGGAGAGUGGGGACUCUGAGUGUGUAAGAGGCAAGUUGGGCAGGAAGCCUGUCCCCACUCCCACUCGUGCAGAACGUAAGGCUUCCCCACCCUGGAGAGAUGGAGGGAGACAAGGUGCCAACAUGUGGGGCAGAGAGGGAGGUAAUGCAAGUGUUUGGUUCCAAAGUCGGUCCUGGAAGAUUUAAUGUUGCUUGAAAUCUGAAGGACUCUUGAGCAUCUCUACAACCCCUCAGAUGCAAAGCCGGUAAAAUGGAGGUGGAGGGAGAGAAGAGCGGACUCUUACCCCAUCUCACCCUCAUGGCAGAGGAUGGUGGUGGAAUCCUUGCCAACUGGUACGAUCCUGAGAACCACAGCGGCGGGAAGCACAGAGAGCCCAGGCUGUAUAGGCAAUUUCUCUCUCCCUGUUUUUUUCCUUUGUAUCAUUUUCUGAUCUCUUUAGAUCUCUUCUCUAAUUUCUCUC